CCAGGAUCUCUGUCCUGCUUAGAUAAGCUACUCCUGUUGCUAAUUUCAAGCAGAAAAGCAGGAAAUGUGACAGUGUAGUUUUCCGCUUCCAUAAACAAAGAUGACUGCCAGGGUUUGUCAUCAGUCCUGCGUGCCUCAUGGUCAGCUCUCCCUGGAAAAAGAGUCCCACAAACAGAGAAAGUGAGAGAAGGAGCAGAGGGUGAGGAAAGAAAAAAAGACAGGAAAGAGACGAGGCUGAAAGGCAGGAAAAGCCAUCAGAAGAGAGGAAAGAGACUCACUGAGGAGAGGAGUUUAUAAGGAAGGCUGGACACAGAAUCCGACUCUUUUCAUGUCAUGGCUGAAAACAACACCAACAUUUUUCUGGACAUUCUGAAGUCCUUUGAUGCUGUUCCUAUAAUUAUUGCUUUCUGUGUGUCUGUGGCUGUGGGUCUGCUCCUGGGGGCCAUGGUUUAUACCAUCCUAACAUGGAUGUCCCGACGCAGAGCAGGGUCCGCCAGCAUCACCCGCCACCCACCCCGACACUCGCAUACCUUCUCCCGCAAUCAUCCAGGGUUUAACCGCAGCAGCAGCUCUGAUCGGAGGAGCAACAACAGUUUAGUUAGCGCUGCUUUCAGCUUCCACCGGCAGACGUCCUCCCCAGAUCAUCUCGACGCAGUCGGGCACAAGUCCAGCUUCAGGGCCUCCACCUUCCACCCUCUCAUCCAGUGCAGCCAGAUAGCAAGGGAGGCAGAGGAGGGAAGCCAGACCACGCUGCCGCGAACACCACCUCUGACCACAUCAGCUGGAUCUGCUCAAAGUGAUGCUCAAACCAACCCAACAAGGCCGGAGUCGUUCUGGGGCAACAACGGACUGAGGGGUUUCAGCGCCACACAGACACCACCUCCAGCCUACGAGAGCAUCAUCAGGGCAUAUCAGGAAACAACCACCUGACAAGACACUUGAUUCAUGUGAAACCAGCUGGUUCCCAGGUGAAAAGAAAUUUGUAAAAGAAAUUUGCUUUUUGAUUUUAAAUGAGUGACAUUUGCCUCUGCUCAAACUGGACUGUUUAUCACAUUUGCAGAAGUUAAAACGUGCAUUUGUGUGUACUGUGAUAAAAGAACCAUGUAAAAAUACACAAAAUGUUUUAUAUGAAGAGCCACAGGAAGGGAAAUGUGUCAAACUGAGUAAAAAAUGUAUGGAAAACUGUGAUGAUAACUGGGUUAAACUGACCAAGUGCUUGUUUGUGUUGGGAAAAGAGAUUUAACCAAACCACACUGAGUAAAUAUGAAUGAAAUUGAUAUAAUUGUGUGUUUACAUUUGCAGACUUCAUGAGUGUGUGAAUACUCCAUGUGGGCAUUAACUGAAUGAAGUUUGAAUAUAUCUCUUUUUGUGUAUUAACUUAAUAAAAGCAUCAAUGAAAGGUUUUA